AUGACGAACCACGACAUAUUGCUGGGACAGAAUUCCAACAGCGCCCUCUCCCACAACCCGCCCAUACUGCUCAACCGCAACCACAACACCCAAAACCAUGGCCUUGAUAUGGUUCAUCCCCACGACCAAGAAACCCGGUUAGGACAACAAACUCUUGACGAAGGCAACAAUAGGUAUGAUCCUCCUGAACACGGCAUUCCACCAGACGACACAAAAUCCGAGCAGCAACAACAGCCUCACCAAUCCCAAGACAUGCACGUAAACAACAACAGCGAGCUCGACAUGUCCGACCCUGACGAGCUGGACCCCUCCGAAACCCACGAGCUGGACGAGAACAUGGAGCUUGCCGUGAUCCAGCACGACUCGUCCAGCCUGGACCAGAUGCACGACAUGACCCUCCACCACCCCCACCACUACUCAUCCCUCGUCCUCACCCCUUCCCAUGUCCUCCAGCAGCGCACUCUUGCCAUCGGGCCCAAUUUCGAGCUUCACGUGGGCCAAGAGUUUGCAGACGUCAAAGCCUGCCGCCGGGCCCUGCGUGACACUGCCAUUGCCCUCCACUUCGAGAUGCAGACUAUCAAGUCCGACAAAACCCGGUUCACUGCCAAGUGCGCCGCGGAUGGAUGCCCGUGGCGCAUCCAUGCGGCCAAGCUCCCGGGCGUCCCCACCUUUACCAUCCGCACCAUAAACGAUGCCCACACGUGCGGUGGCAUUGCCCACCUCGGCCACCAGCAGGCCUCUGUCCAGUGGGUCGCUAACUCCGUUGAGCAGCGCCUCCGUGAGAACCCUAACUACAAACCCAAAGAAAUCCUCGAAGAAAUUCAUCGGACCCAUGGCAUAACCCUGUCCUACAAGCAGGCGUGGAGAGGGAAAGAGCGCAUCAUGGCUGCCAUGCGUGGCUCGUUCGAGGAGGGAUAUCGGCUGCUCCCACAGUAUUGCGAUCAGAUCAGGCGGACCAACCCGGGGAGCAUAGCUUCUGUUUAUGGGAAUCCGGUGGAUAACUGCUUUCAGCGUCUUUUUAUAUCCUUCCAGGCAUCUAUCUACGGGUUUUUGAAUGCGUGCCGUCCCCUCCUCGGGCUGGACCGGACCUACUUGAAGAGUAAGUACCUGGGUACGUUGCUCCUGGCAACGGGGUUUGAUGGGGACGGCGGGCUUUUCCCGCUGGCUUUCGGGGUGGUGGACGAGGAAAGUGAUGACAACUGGAUGUGGUUUCUGUCCGAGCUGCACGGUUUGCUCGAGGCCAACACGGAGAACAUGCCAAGGCUGACUAUACUUUCGGAUCGGCAGAAAGGGAUUGUGGACGGGGUGGAGGCCAACUUCCCAACCGCUUUCCACGGAUUCUGCAUGCGCCACCUCAGUGAGAGCUUCCAGAAGGAGUUUAAUAACGCAGACCUCGUCGGCCUCCUCUGGGAUGCAGCCCAUGCCCUCACCGUCAUCGAGUUCGAGGCCAAGGUUCUCGAGAUUGAGGAGAUUUCCCAAGACGCUGCCUACUGGAUCCGCCGGGUCCCACCCCGUCUGUGGGCCACGGCCUACUUUGAGGGGAUGAGGUUCGGUCACCUGACGGCCAAUCUGCUCGAGUCUUUAAACGCGUGGAUAUUAGAGGCCUCGGGACUGCCUAUCAUCCAGAUGAUGGAGUGCAUCAGGCGGCAGCUCAUGACAUGGUUCAACGAGCGGAGGGAAACGAGCAUGCAGUGGACAUCCAUCCUCGUCCCGAGCGCCGAGCGGCGUGUGGCCGAGGCACUCGAACGGGCCCGCACGUACCAGGUCCUCCGGGCAAACGAGGCAGAGUUCGAGGUCAUCUCUCACGAGGGGACCCACACAGUAGACAUACGCAACAGGUGCUGCCUGUGCCGGGGCUGGCAGCUGUAUGGGCUUCCGUGCGCCCAUGCUGUGGCUGCGUUGCUGUCGUGCAGGCAGAAUGUGCACAGGUUCACUGAGAGCUGCUUCACAGUGGCUGCUUACCGGAAAACGUACUCCCAGACGAUACACCCGGUGCCGGACAAGACGUUGUGGAGGGAGGUGGAGGAGUCGGCAGCCGAUCAUCAUCCCGAGGGGAACUCAUUGGCUUUGUCGGCUGUAGUGAUAAACCCGCCAAAGUCGCUGAGGCCUCCGGGAAGGCCGAGGAAGAAGAGGGUGAGGGCUGAGGAUCGUGGGCGGAUGAAGAGGGUCGUGCACUGCAGCAGGUGCAAUCAAACAGGGCAUUUCAGGACGACUUGUGCUGCACCCAUAUGA